AUGCCUUCCGCAAAGUUCGACGAAGUCUACAAGAAAGUCAGCGCCAUGGGCGAGAAGCUCAAGGCUUCUGGCGCGCAAGGUCCCAGCAACGAUGAGCAGCUCAAGCUCUAUGCGAAUGCCAAGAUUGCACAGGGUGCGGAUAUCAACGCGGCAAAGAAGCCGGGCAUGUUCGAUCUUACUGGCAAGGCCAAGUACAACAAGUGGAAGGAGGUUGCCGAUGCUGGAACCACUCAGGAGCAGGCUGAGCAGGAGUACAUCAAGACUGGUGAGGAGGUACUGGCCAAGUAUGACAAGUAA